AUGCUUCUGUCUGUCUGUAGGAACACCCGCGGAAACGGGGGCGGGGGAGCGGGCGGGAUGCCACGGGCUCCAGGAUCUGAAGAAGCAGGGGUGGUCAUUGGCCAUUGCACAAGGCUGCGUCGAGUGCUGCGAGGCGACGGGGUAGCGAGGGACUUGAACCUCUGCUUUGACGCGAACCGUUGGUCUGGACUACCCCGGCGAUCGAAGUUGGGGAAGCUCAACAGUUGGAGAACGCUGUUGACGCUCAUUGGAAAGCGGGCAGGGCUUUGUCGAGUGAUCAUCACGUUGGCGGCGGCCGUUGGGGAGGAGGAUCCUGUCGCACUCCAAAAGGAGGUCGAAAAGUGGGUUACGAUACCCGUCGAACCCAGGGAGGGGGAACUAGACUUUGCGUUCGAUUUUUCGAGCAUUGUGGAAUAG